AUGGAGGCAGCCACGCCAAAGACGACCAAAUCUCGCCGGCGAGAACCCGACGACAGCCGAGUGGAGAGGAAGCGGAUUCAGGACCGACUGGCUCAGCGAGCCACGCGGGAAAGGACCAAGAAUAGGAUCGCGUAUCUUGAACAGAGACUAAGCAGCCUUGAAGCCGGCGAUAAGCACGGCGAAAUCACAAACUUGACGCGCAUCAUCGACAACCUGCGCAACGACAACAACCGCCUCCGAAAUGCCUUGGUCAAAAUGCGGACGGUCAUCGAUCAGGCGGUGCUUCUCACGGAGGAUCAGGUUGAAGGCCUACCAGCCGCCAAGGCCUGUGGUUGCAGCCCGCAUGCCAAAUGUAUGUGUCAGCAAUCGACCUUUGCUGCGAGUCCUUCGGCCACCGUCGAGGAGCCAGCCACGGCAUUUCGACACGAUUCGGUGUCAUCAACGGGCACGUCGGAGGUAAUCGAGGUGGUCAAUGGCACUAAUGUUGCCCUUGAUCCUGGCAUUGAAGUGCCUGAUGAAGUACAAGCGGAGACCCUGCACGAAUUCCUCGACUUCAGUCCGAAUACGCUGCUGGAAAUGUUUGAAUUCGGUCCUCCCUCCGGCUACAACGGCUGGCAGUCGCCAGCGCCUUCCCCAUUCGACUAUCGUUUCCCGGCCUCGUACGACGCGGUCAAGGUUGCACCAGACCUCGAGAAAUGGGAGGUCUCCAAUGGCGCCUUUAUUAACUGUCUGAACUGCGUCAAGAGACGGACCGCAACCACAUCCACACUCGACAUGCACGUGCCGUUCAAAGCGGUGAUAUGGGGUUGGGAUAAUGUCGGCCCAGAAGCCAAUCAUCCCAUCUGGAGCUCGCUGAGACAGGUCGAUCAGCGCGUGUUCGGCACAUGGACUUCCAAAGCGCAGAGGAUCGCUCUCAUGUAUGUCUGCCAGACGCUGAUCCAGUGGCGAGAAGAUCCCACAAAGGAAAACCUGGAUAGAGUGCCAGUCUUCCUUCGGCCGAGGCCUUCCCAGGAGAAAAUUCAGCAUCCUGCAGUGAUUGACUUCCUCAUAUGGCCUGGUCUGCGUGACCGACUCGUCUUCGAAUACCAGAAGUACACCUCGACGGGUGACUUCUCCGCAGCAUUUGUCGAGAACUUCAAUUUCUACUGGCCUUAUCCCGAUAGGGAUAUCUUUGCAUACAACCAGGUGCAGAAUCGUUAUGAAGUGUCCAAGACAUUCCUGGAGUACGCGUACAACUUCAAAAACUGGACUAUGCGGCCCGGGUUUUUCAAGAAAUUCCCCGAAAUGCAACACGAUAUUGCCGCGUUCGAAGCGGGCUCAAUGGAGUGUCCGAAAGCGAGCUGGUCGUUAUAA